AUGUUAGCAUCUGCUGCAAAUCCUGAGACUCCAAACUCAACCAUCUCCAGAGAGGCCAGCACCCAGUCUUCUUCAGCUACCACCAGCCAAGGCUAUGUUUUACCAGAAGGCAAAAUCAUGCCGAACACUGUUUUUGUUGGUGGAAUUGAUGUUAGGAUGGAUGAAACAGAAAUUAGAAGUUUCUUUGCUAGAUAUGGUUCAGUAAAAGAAGUGAAGAUAAUCACGGAUCGAACUGGUGUGUCCAAAGGCUAUGGAUUUGUUUCAUUUUAUAAUGACGUGGAUGUGCAGAAGAUAGUAGAAUCACAGAUAAAUUUCCAUGGUAAAAAGCUGAAACUGGGCCCUGCAAUCAGGAAACAAAAUUUAUGUGCUUAUCAUAUGCAGCCACGUCCUUUGGUUUUUAAUCCUCCUCCUCCACCACAGUUUCAGAGUGUCUGGAGUAAUCCAAACACUGAAACUUACAUGCAGCCUCCGACCAUGAUGAAUCCUAUAACUCAGUAUGUUCAGGCUUAUCCUCCUUAUCCAAGUUCACCAGUUCAGGUUAUCACUGGAUAUCAGCUGCCUGUUUAUAAUUAUCAGAUGCCACCACAGUGGCCUGCUGGGGAACAAAGGAGUUAUGUUAUUCCUCCGGCUUAUACAACCAUUAACUACCACUGUAAUGAAGUUGAUACAGGAGCUGAAGUUUUGCCAAGUGAAUGCUCAGUUCAUGAAGCUACUCCAUCCUCUGGAAAUGGCCCACAAAAGAAAUCUGUGGACAGAAGCAUACAGACGGUGGUGUCUUGUCUGUUUAAUCCAGAGAAUAGACUGAGAAACUCCCUUGUCACUCAGGAUGACUACUUCAAGGAUAAAAGAGUUCAUCACUUUAGAAGAAGUCGGGCAGUGCUUAAGUCUGUUUGA